GUUCGCAGAACAGAAAGGAGCAGUCUAUCACUUUGGAGCUUGGACAGUGAUUUCGAUCCACCCAACUCUGAUCGGGGUUGAACAGCCAUCGUCAAGCGUCAAUUUCACGAUCUUGGCAGACUCGAGGGAAAUGAAAUCCACGAUAUGCUCGGUCCUCAGGGGCCGGUACAAAAUGCAGGUGGACGUCCGUCAGCUCGCGUUCGGCGACUACAUCAUCAGCAACCGCAUGAUUGUCAUCCGCAAGGGGCAAAGCGAGAUGAUGCUCGGCGAUCAGAAAAAGCGACUGCUGGAGCAAAUGGCGAGGCUGAAGGAGAUUUGUUCUCGACCGGUUCUGAUCAUCGAGAGCCACAAGAAUCUGGAGACUGAGAGCAUGGCCAAAAUCAGCCAAUAUGAAGGUAUUCUGACGUCGCUGACCCGACAGGGGACAACAAUUAUGUUUAGCGAUUCGAUAGAACAAACGGCUGGAUAUCUGUAUCGUCUGUCCGAGGCCGAGAACAAGGCGCACGACCUCACGACGCUCCUGCCGCCGACGCUGCCGGACAAGAAGAAUCACGCCAUCCAGUUCCUGCUCUCGAUGGCAGGUGUCAACGACAUGGCGGCCAUCUCGAUGGUGGCGUCGCGAUUGGGUUCCCUGCAGGAACUAGUCAACAGCGCACCCGAGGUGCUGGUUCAGCACAUUCCUGGCCUCGACCUCGAGGCUGCUCGAAGCAUAUUCGAAUAUGCCCGGAGAGAAGCCGACCCUGCGGAUCUCGUGAAGGCGACCGCCUCCGAAGCGCCGUAGCAUCCGGUUGCCGGGACAGCCCUGGCUCUGGCGUCGUUGGUGCGGGCAUGGCGACGCCGAUCAGUUUUGGAACACGCAUCCAAUCGCAUCCAAUCGCAUCCUGAA